CACAGCGGCCCCCCUUGCCUCCGCUCUACCCCGCCUACCACCUCGUUGCCGGCCCGCCCCCCUCUCGCGUAGAACCCCCCACCGUUGUCACCGCACUCGCCCGCGAGAGCCGCGCCUUAUGACUGUGGAAGUGGAGGCCUCGGACGCCGCCAUGGCGUCGCCCACCAGCUCGAGCGGCACGGGCCCCGAGUCCCUGCGCCUGUCGGAGAUCGAGAGCGCGCACCUGUGCCCCGCCGGGCGCAUGAAGAUGGAGGAGCUCUUCCGCCAGUGGCUCAACGUGGACGGCACCAAGGAGAUGAUCCAGAGCAUGGUGGCCGACCUGCGCCAGGGCAAGGAGCUCAACCUGGACGCGCUGCUGGCCACGGUGGGCGCCCCCGGCAGCGGCGCCGACUCGCCCUCGCGCAGCCCCAAGCGCCCGCCCAACUACCAGCAGUUCGGGCUGCUCAGCCCCGGCUCCGCGGGCAGCCCCAGCGCGCGCAGACGCCACCAGCACCUGGUCAGUCUCUUCGGAGAAGAGCUGCACAACGCGGCGGCGGCCGUGGCUGCGGCGGCUGCUUCUGCAGCAGAGACGGAAGCGGCCAAGACGGAGAAGGCGGCGGAGGCCACACCGGCAGAGAACCAGGAGGAACCCGCAGCGCCUGCUGAGGAGGCGGCACCCGCGCCCCCCGCCGACGCGGACGAGAACAUGGAGGAAGAGCAGGAGCAGCAGGCAGCAGUGGACGAAGCGCCCAAGGCUGAGGAGCCCGCGGCGGCGGCCGAGCCCGACCACCCCAUGACGGAGGACGCCCCGAAGCAGAUUCAGAUCCCCAGGUUUUACACGCCUGGCGAGGGCCGACGCGGCCGGCUGCGUGGGUUGUCCACAGACGCCAUGGCGCGCAAAGUGUCGGACAUCGAGGCGCGCUUCCGCGAGUUCCCGGAGGGCAUGAAGGUGGAGGAUUUCGUGGCCAUCACCAAGGACCUGUGCGGCUUCCCUUCGUUUUUCAACGCGCCGUUCUUCCGGCGCAUCCUCGCGUCGGCGGGAGAGACGCCUAAGCCGCCUUCCAGCCCCGCAGCCGAGGACGCAGCAAGCCCCACGAGCGCCGAUGGAGUGGCGGCGCCGCAGCGCAUUACGAAGGACAUGUUCCAGAGCUACUGGAUGCGCGAGAUGGCUCCCUGUGACAGCGUGGAGCGCUUCUUUAGAGUAGUGAAACAGCCGAAGAACGACUUCAUAGAGCGAGACGACUUCGCGCCGUUCUUGCAUGAACUGUUGAAGUAUCAUCCUGGACUAGAGUUUCUUGGGGGCACGCCCGAGUUUCAGGAGAAAUAUGCGUUGACCGUGGUGGUACGGAUAUUUUACUCCGUAGAUAGAGACAGUAGCGGUCGAAUCACGCUGCGAAAGUUACGGCGCAGCAAUCUCAUCAGCGCCUUCAACACCGUGGACGAGGAGGAAGAUAUUAACAAGGUGAACUCGUACUUCUCGUAUGAGCACUUCUACGUGCUGUACUGCAAAUUCUGGGAGCUGGACACGGACCACGACUUCCUUCUGAGCCCCGACGACCUCGUACGCUAUGGCGGCCACGCCCUUACACGUAUCAUUGUGGACCGUAUUUUCGAGCGCGGGCGCCGCCCGUUCGCUCGUGUCCAGACGCUGACUGCCGAGGAAAAGAAGAAAAUGAGCUACGAGGACUUCAUUUACUUUAUGCUCUCGGAGGAAGACAAGGCUAAUCCCGUCAGUAUUAGGUAUUGGUUCGAGCUUAUCGACACGAACGAGGACGGCGUCUUGCGCGCCGACGAAAUGCGUGUAUUCUACCGUCACCAGAUCCAUCGCAUGGAGUGCCUCGGUCACGAGGUGGUACCGUUCGAGGAUAUCCUUUGCCAGAUGUCGGACUUGCUGCACCCGGAGAAGGAGGGCGAGUUCUACCACAAGGACUUUAUCCGCCCGGACAAGAUCCGCGUGUCCGGCGUGUUCUUCAACGUGCUGUUCAACCUCAGCAAGUUCAUCGAGUUCGAGCAGCGCGACCCAUUCCUUCUGCGUCAGCAACUGGCCGAGCCGGAGCUUACGGAUUGGGACCGCUACGCUCGCGCCGAGUACGCUCGACUUGCCAUGGAGGAAGAAAGCCGCGACGAGGAUACGGCGAUGGACAUCGACACCAUGGACGGCUGGUAUGUGUCGGACGAGCAGGAAGAAGACGCGCCCGAGGGCAGCAGCUCCGGCGCCGACGGCGCAGCGGGUGGAAGCGAAGGCCGAACCGUCGAAGCCCCCUUUUAACCUUUGCCCCCCCCCCCCUUUCAACGAGGUAGAGCCCCCUUUCAUUUCCCCCCUUAGAAGACGGCGGACGGCGCUCUGGGCCGUGCCGCAGGAUGAAGACCCGACGCAGAUGAAAGUAAGUAGAGCAGCAUGCGUGAGUGAAUCAAAUGCAUGUGAGUCAAUCA